UCGGAUGCGCGGCGGCCCGAGCUUCGGUCCACUCGGCCCAGUGAUGCUCGGCCGCGAGGAGGGUACGGUACGCUGCGGGCAAGCAUCCGGAAAUGCGCCACGGGCAUGUAACUGAGAGCGGCGAGGACUCCCCUGGACAUCGAGAUGCUCGCCUACGGCUGCGAGAUCACGUAGCCAUGUAAACGGGCGAGCGGGAGAGCGAGGGAGAGAGAGAAAGAGAGGGAGAAAGGGAGAGAGAGAGAGAGAGCGAGUGUCAUCGAUGCGAGGUGCGAGCAGUGCGGCCUCACGGUGAAAAUCUGGCGUGAACGGUGCCGCGGUGGAUCGGGGAUCAUGGCGUCGGCCCCGGCCGAGCCUCCGGCCAGUCACGGGCACAGCUUCAGUAAGAGGACGUUUCACAAACCGACCUACUGCCACAGCUGCACCGACAUACUCUGGGGCAUCAUUCAGCCGGGGUUCAUCUGCGACGUGUGCAACUUCGUGGUGCACGAUCGCUGUCUUAAGGCCGUCGUCUCUCCCUGUUCCAGCAUCGCGGCAAGCCUGAUUAAGAACCCUGUGGCGCACUGCUGGUCCGAGCAGGCACACCACAAGAAGAAAUUCUGCAACGUGUGUCGGAAGCGGUUGGAGGACAAUCUGUCCAUCCACUGCGAAAUAUGCGAGUACUUCGUGCACACCGACUGCCAGGAUUUCGCGGUGGCGGACUGCAAGGAGAACGCGACGUACCUACCUGGGAAGGACUUGGCGUCAGUGAAGCACACGCAUCACUGGCGCGAAGGAAACCUCCCUAGUAGCUCGAAAUGCGUCGUCUGCAAGAAAGGAUGCUUUUCCGCCGAGUGCCUCUCAGGAAUCCGCUGCGAGUGGUGCGGCGUCACGUCGCACGCGUACUGUUACAAGACCAUGCACACCGUUGUCAAGAUCCCGGAAUGCACGUUUGGCUGUCUGAAACCGAUCUACCUGCCGCCCCACGCAGUCAGCAUCCCACGCACCGAGGUUCCCAUGGAAGCCAUCAUUGGAGUGCAAGUACGACGUAAGGAAGUCCUGGCGCGUGAGUAUUCCUGCCAUUUCACCGGCGAGCGAUUCGAUUUCGCCGAGAGCGAACAAAUCGGGGGUGCAGGCCACCUGGCCGAAGCUUUGAGGCGCCUUUCACUAGUUUUGCCACGUAGCUGCCAUGGAAAUUGUCAUGCUUCCCCUCCUUAUGCUCGAGCGCGAAGCAUAUCCGAGGAGUUCAGCAGCAACGACACGCGAUACCGCGAUGCGGCCGACGAGCCGGCACAGUCGAGCGGAACCCACGGCCGUGAUCCCAGGUCUCCGAAGGAAAAGGACGAUAAGGAACGAGGGGACGAAGAGACGAUGAAGGUGUACGAUGGCAACAAUUCUUUGAGAAGGCGCAUCUUUCGAGUUGUCACGGUGUCCCGACAAGCUACCACGGAGCAAAUUCUUACGUCGGCCCUCCGAGCGUUUCACAUUACAAAAGAUCCGAGCAAUUUUUACUUAACCGAUUUGUACGCCCCGGACGAGACUCCCCUGUGCGACCCGUUACCGGUGCAAAAUUUACAUCGAAUGGAAGGCAAGCGUCCCGCUGUCUUCCUCAGGUUUAAGGAUAACGACAGCGGAGAAGUGAGAGUCUAUCCAGGGAAAUUGCAAGUUUCGGAGUCCUUCUGUUUGGUACCCGUUACGGAAACCACCACUGUCGACGACCUGAUUCGCGAGGCUCUUCAUCGUUUCGGGUUGCAGGACAUCAAUUGCGAAGAUUACCGAUGCAGUGAAAUUCUUUUGGACCGGGGUGUUUCGGAGCGGGUGCUCUCGAGGGAAGAGAAGCCGUGGGAGAUCGUCAAACAAUUAGGGAAGGAUUCGAUUAGACAAAUGGAAUUGAUGCGAUUUUACCUCCAACUUAAGCAGGACCCUCACGGUCCCAAUCUCGCUCUCUUCGUUGGGAACUUACCGCCGAAUCUGUCCGAGCGCAAUUACGAGAACAUGUUGACCGAAUUCUUAGGAAAAGAAAAUAAGUUUUCGUCCAUCGGUCCCAUUUAUUACGAGUACGGAUCGAUGGUCAUUAUAUACGAGGACUCGAAUACGGCGGUCAAGGCGUUGUACGCACUGCGGGAAUCCAAAUACGAGGACAAACAUCUCUUAGUGAUGCUCCUGCCCAGUAUCGAGCCAAGCAUGGUACCACCUGGUGUUCACCCAUUACUGGUAUUCGUAAACGUUAAAUCUGGUGGUUGCCAGGGACUUGAGUUGAUCUCUAGCUUUCGUAAACUCUUAAAUCCCUACCAAGUAUUCGACUUGGACAAUGGCGGACCUCUUCCGGGGCUAUACGUCUUUCGGCACAUAAAGAAUUACAAAAUCUUAGUUUGCGGCGGGGACGGUACGAUCGGCUGGGUGUUACAAUGCCUGGACAACGUCGGCCAGGACAGCGAGUGCUCGUCGCCUGCAUGCGCAAUUGUUCCACUUGGUACCGGAAACGAUCUUGCGCGCGUAUUACGCUGGGGUUCGGGAUACACCGGAGCCGAGGACCCCCUGAGUCUUCUGCGAGACGUCAUCGAUGCCGAAGAGAUAACCUUGGAUCGAUGGACGGUAGUUUUCCACCCCGAAGAAAAGGAAGACAAGUCGCAACAAGUGGCCAACCCUGCAGGAGUUGGGUCGACCAGCGAAGACAAUACACAGAUAUUCGUGAUGAAUAAUUACUUCGGGAUCGGAAUCGACGCGGACUUGUGCCUCGAUUUUCACAAUGCACGAGAGGAGAAUCCGAACAAAUUCAACAGUCGGUUUCGUAACAAAGGUGUCUACGUGAAAAUGGGUCUGCGCAAGAUGGUCGGGAGGAAACCGUGCAAAGACUUGCACAGGGAAAUUCGGCUGGAAGUUGACGGACGGGUGGUGGAUCUUCCGCAAGUCGAAGGCAUCAUCAUUCUCAAUAUUCUAAGCUGGGGCUCGGGAGCGAAUCCUUGGGGACAGGACAAGGAGGAUCAGUUCAAUAAGCCGAAUCACUGGGACGGGAUGUUGGAGGUCGUCGGCGUUACGGGGGUGGUGCACUUGGGGCAGAUUCAAUCUGGUCUUCGCACCGCCAUGAGGAUAGCUCAGGGAGGUCACAUAAAAAUCCAUUUAUAUUCGGACAUAGCGGUGCAAGUGGACGGCGAGCCGUGGAUUCAAAGUCCAGGGAACGUCGUGGUCCUGAAGUCGGCACUGAAGGCCACGAUGCUGAAGAAGACCAAGGGCAAGAUGAAGCGGCGAAACACGGAGCCGAGCAUGCAACUGGCCCUGCAGGCAGCGGCCUCGAACGAGCCGGAUUCCGAGGUCUUCUGAGCACGGCCGCCCUCGAGGCUCCUCUGGAUUCGCCCCGAGGAAAGCGAAGGAAAAUCUACUAGAGGUCGAGGGAAAAGCGAGGCCAAAAAACGGGGCCUCUUCGGGUUCCUUUUCGGGGGCCCCGCGUAGCGGAGCGUCGUGCGGGGUGCCAGGCGUCCCAGGUAUAUAAGGGCGCGCGAGGAGCGCGCGGAGGCCAGUCGGCGCCCGGUCGGCCGCCGGGAAGGACCUCCCGGGCUCCUCCGCGCGACCCGCGACCCUUGACUCGCUGUCGAGUGCGCUCUCUCUCUCGCGAGGUCUCGCCGCGCGUCCGCCGGCGACCUCGCCGUCCCCGAGUCGACGACCGGGACCGACGUAGAUCCCGUUUUUCAAUGUGACGUCACACCGUACCAUCCUACCUAGCUCCACCGAUGAAUCAUUAUUUUCUAGAAAGGAGUGCGCCCAGCGUUAGAAAAACCGCCGAUACGGGAGGACUUCCGAUUCGACGCGCUCGCGGUCCCUUUGUAUUUGCGUUGCGUCAUACAUAUGCACCCAUGUAUACAUAGCGCGUUGCAGAUACCUCGAGAAAUACGUACGCGGUACUUGCGAGGAACGGGAGGCGUUAAGCGAUUACCGCGGAACGUCCCGUCGUUUCGUCCGCCGUCUCGCCGGUCGACGUCGGGGCGUCCCCGACGCGACCCGCGCGCACACGGGACGCAAAUCGCACGGGAAGGGAGACUGGUUGUUAUCGAUUAUUAUACCAAGGUAUUUGCAAUUAAAUAAUCAAUAUAUUUACACGAGUAGGUGUCGAGUCGUCGAGUUUCGCGCGACGAUUCGGCCGGGCAGUCCGAGUCUCAUCGAGGACGCGAUUCGACGCCGAUCGGGGAGAGAGAGAAAGAGAGGGAAAGAGAGAGCGAGAGGAAACGGAAACGCGGAUUAAUAGUAAUAGAAAGAGGCGACCUCGACCUCGCGUUAAACUCGUAGGUAGGGGCGGCCGAUUUUCGCCGACGAGGCGGACGUCGACGGGCCGGACGUCCCGCGCCGUUGUCGGUUCCGAUAACUCGAUCCGAAAAUCCGAUCGCCUUGCCGGAGCGCGAACGCCUAGCUGUACGACACAUUCCACCGUAACGUGGCGGAGAGCAUUAUGUAAAUCUUACGACACUUAUGCCAAAGAGUUUUAAGGAUGGGCGAAGACCUAACCUAGUUAGCGGAUCGACGGCCUCGGGCCGGGAAGCGCGCGGGGGUCGAAGUCGGGCGGGCAGUCGCGACGGUGGCGCCGCCGACCGGCGGAGUCGGGCCCGCGCCGAAGCUCCGCGACCCGCGGUCCUUGUCUCGGGGCUCAUGGCUAGAGUUCUAAAUCCGGUAAGUUACGUCAGAAACGAAGAGAAAUUCCCGGUAACUUCUCCAAAGCCUUUUUUAUCGAGAAAUUAUGAGAAUUUGAAUUUUUCAACGGAGCGAACGAGAGGUUUCGAUUAGCUAUAGAGAAACAUCGUAGAGGGGAAUUUCCGCUAUACGUCCUCCGUAGCCAAUAAAAACCUCCCAUUCGCUUCGCCGCAGAAUAAAAUAUCAGUUCGUUUGAAACAAAUCUCAUGGAAUUUUCCGUCAAGUUGUACAUACGUGAAUAUUUUUACCUGGAGGUAAAUA